AUGUCUGCUGAAGUCCCAACUUUCAAGCUAGUUUUGGUCGGUGAUGGUGGUACUGGUAAGACCACCUUUGUCAAGAGACAUUUGACUGGUGAAUUCGAAAAGAAGUACAUCGCUACCAUUGGUGUCGAAGUCCACCCUCUAGCUUUCUACACCAACUUUGGUGAGAUCAAGUUCGAUGUCUGGGAUACCGCCGGUCAAGAAAAGUUUGGUGGUCUAAGAGACGGUUACUACAUCAAUGCUCAAUGUGGUAUUAUUAUGUUUGAUGUGACCUCCAGAAUCACCUACAAGAACGUUCCAAACUGGCACAGAGAUUUGGUCCGUGUUUGUGAAAACAUUCCAAUUGUUCUAUGUGGUAACAAGGUUGAUGUUAAGGAAAGAAAGGUCAAGGCCAAGACCAUCACCUUCCACAGAAAGAAGAACCUACAAUACUACGAUAUCUCUGCCAAGUCUAACUACAACUUCGAGAAGCCAUUCUUGUGGUUGGCCAGAAAGUUGGCUGGUAACCCACAAUUGGACUUCGUUGCUUCUCCAGCUUUGGCUCCACCAGAAGUCCAAGUCGACGAGCAAUUGAUGCAACAAUACCAACAAGAAAUGGAACAAGCCACUGCUUUGCCAUUGCCUGAUGAAGAUGAUGCUGAUUUGUAA